UGGUCAACGCCACUAUACUAAUAUAAACAAAUAUUGAUUAUUCGUUUUGGUUUAAUAUAAUUAGAUUGACAACUGCCAACACACAUGGGACAGCUAUUCACAAAUUAUAUUUAUACCCAUUCAAAAAUCCAACACAAAACUCAGAUUUGCAAUUCCCCUGUUUUUCAGAACAGAGGAUAUCAAAGAUGAAGAGCUCCAACAGAAUUUCUGCUCUACUAUGGGCAGACAUAUUGGUGGCAUUUGCACUGUUUGUGAUGCAGGAUUAUUUGACAGAUGUUUGGAACCUAAGCUUCACUCAUGCUGCUGGAAUCUUGAAUAUCUGGAAUGGAUUAUCCCUUAUUUUGCAGCCUUUCUUCCUCAUCCUCGUCGACUGCGUGCUGGGAAAUUUCGCGAUGCUCGUUGUUUCCAGCACGGCUUAUAGUGUGGGGAUCGGUUUGGUAACAAUGUCAACUCCGCCUGUUCUAGGCACGUGCAACCGAUACGAGGAGCAAUGCAUCGGCCACACGCAGAAAGUUCUCUUCUACUCCGGCAUGGCUCUUAUAGCCGUGGGAGUAGCCGGUAACAACGUGUCGGUAAAGCCUUUUCUUGAAGAGCAGGAAGAAAGAGAGGGGGGCCCUAACCUGUAUGUUAAAUUAGUAGGUGCGGUGUUUGUGGUGGUUGUGGCGUUGACCGGAGCCAUUGCGCUUCCCUACAUAAAACCGUGGACCCUCCGGUUUGGGAUUCCUGCAAUUUGUACGGUUGUAGCGACCGUGCUUUUCCUAACCGGUCUGUGCUGUUGGCAUUACACCAACAAUGUUGCGGAUAGGAGCCGGCUCAGGAGCUUAUGCAGAGUGCGCAUGAUACCGAUGCUGACGACCUUCGUAUUCUGCGGCCUUGUCUCGUCGAUUGGGAACACGUACUUUGUGGAGCAGGCCAAGAAUCUGGACCGACAUCUGGGGAAAUGGAAUGUUCCCCCGCAGGUGCUGCUGCUGGUGCAGAAGGGUGUCAGCGCUGCGCUUGAACAUGGAAACGCCGCUGCACCUGCACCAGCACCUGGUAGGGCCCAAACUGGGCGAUAUCAAACUAAUGUGCAGCCAAGGACCACUCCAACGCGUGGUAAAGGGGUUCUUAUGGCUGUUAUGGCUGUAGCGUCUGCGAUUCUGUGCUGCAUAACUGCGGCCAGGAUGGAGUUUAAGAGGAUUGGUGUUGUUGAGAGGCGUGGUUUGUUGGAUGAUGAGGAUGGGGAUGUUCCGAUGAGUAUAUUCUGGCUGAUUUUCCAGUUCAUUUUUCUGGGGUGCCUGGAUAAGUUGUUGGAGAAGAGCGUGGCGAUAUUCAACGAGGUGGAGUUUGGCGAUGACGAGAACGAGGGAAGGUACGCGGAUAAUCUGGCGAAAGGGGUGUCAGGAUUGGGAUACAUGUGCGGUGUGCUAUCGGUUUUUGUGGUGGGAGAAGUGAGUGGAAGAGGAGGGCAUCAGAGCUGGUUUCAGGACACGUUGAACACGAGCCGUUUGGACCGCUAUUACUGGGUGCUCGCGGCUCUAGGGAGUGUCAAUCUACUCCUAUACUCUCUCCUGUCAUGUUUUAAUUGCUAGCAUUUUCCUUAAAUUGAUUUUCUGUUGUUUGGGGUCUGUUAUUCCUAAUGUUCAUUUUUUUUACUUGGAGUGUUUCAAUCUUUCAGCAAGUGUAAGUAAGGUUUAAAAAAGGAAGAUUAUGUGAAUCC